AUGCCCCUGAGGCCCAUAACUGUAUUUGGAAUGAAUGAAUAUUUGAAAAGUAUGCGAUGCGAACGAAAGAUGUUUGUGUUGCUUCUCAUGGUGCUGCCGUGUUUGGCAGAGGGUGUUUCCUCACACGAAGAGGGCUGCGUACUACCGCCUGCCUCCAAAGAAAACUUCUUUGUGACAACCGAGAGGAAGACGUGGUACCAGCAGUACCAGUACGACGUGCCCGGCCUGUUCGGCUGGGGCUGCUCCACGUACACGCAGUCUCCCAGGCCAAACCCCAAGGAGAUGGACCUCGUUGGACACCUGAGCCAGGUGCCUCUCUUCCCUCUGUACGCCGUUGGGAAAUUCACCGGUAACAGGCUGGACAAAGUGUACAAAGGCGUGUGGAACGGUCUUUUCUCAGGGCCCUACAACACGGUCUACUCGCACAGGGAGUUCAUCAUUCUUCACUACUGCUUCUUAGGAUAUGACGCUGCAGACAUUUUUACAACUGCCAAGGAACCCAGUAAGGAAUUGUGGAAGAAGAUCUGGAAAGUUGUCGAUGAACACCCUGAGGUGGACAGACGUAAACUUAAGAAAGUUGUCUGUUAA